UUUACGGAACAAUUUGGCCACCACCAAAAUUCCAAGCUUUAUUCCAGAAAUCUGUACAUUGUACCAAUAAUGGCUAAGCAAGACAAGACACUUUAUUUGGGAAAUGACCAUUCAGAGCCAAGCUAAGCUUGGACCCACAGAAUGGUUCUGAAAGAAGCAUCGGCUAACCUGGUUGUAUGGCUUCUCUGUACCUUGAUUCCAACUUUGUUCACAGAUGAAGCUGUCCAUCUGCCAGCCCCUCCAGACCUUUCUGUACAUUCUACUAACAUGAAGCACAUCUUGACUUGGAGCCCAGUGACAAUCCCUGGAGAAACGGUGAAUUAUUCAGUUGAGUACCAGGGGGAAUAUGAAAGAUAUUAUACUAGUUCCACCUGGAUCCCCAGCAGUUGGUGUUCUUCCAUUAGUACCCCAGAAUGUAAUGUUACAGAUGACAUCACGGCCACUGUAGCUUAUAACUUUCGAGUCAAGGCAAUACUGGGCUCUCAGAGUUCAUCCUGGAGCACCCUGAAAGAGCUUUUCAAUCGCAACUCAACUGUCCUCACCUCUCCCAGAAUGAAAAUUAGCAAGGAUGGAUAUCAUCUAAUAGUGGAAUUUGAGGACAUGGGGCCAUAUUUUGAAUUCAAUGUUACUUAUUGGAAGAAGAGCCCCAAUUCUCAGAAAGAACUCUACAAGAUUGUGAGGGAAGGUGGCAGUCUAGUACAUCUGGAGACGAUGGAGGCAGGAGCUGAGUACUGCGUGAAAGCUCAGACCAUCGUGGAAGUUAUUGAGAGAAGCAGUACCUUCAACCAGGUGGAAUGUAUCAGAGCACAAGACGAAUUCCCUUUGCUGACUAUUGUCCUGGUCUCCUCUGCUGGUUUUGUACUGUUUCUAGUAGGUCUGCCUCUAUUCAUCUGGAAAACGAGCCAGUUGCUUCGAUACUCUUGCUGUCCUGUUGUUGUCCUUCCAGACACAUUGAAAAUAACAGAUUCACCUCAGAAGUUAAUAAGCUGUAAAAAGGAAGACAUUGAACCCUGUGAUAUCGUUGCACGGGUGAUCUAUCCAGAAGAGCUUUUUCGUUCAUGGAUCCAAGAGGCUUUAUAGAGGACUCUGGCUGAAAUACAGAUCAGCAGGACACCAGAAGCAGCCAGAGAAGAGGGCUUCACUUUUAGAAAAGUAAACAAGAGAACCAAGGAUAGAUAACCUGUGGUCUAUUUGCUUGGAACUAGCUGUAGACAGAAAUAGCUUCAGGAAGACUCUUACCAGAGAUAUCCUGGUAUCAUGGGAGGUUUGUUGGACUAGAGAUUGGAAGAUCUGGGCUCUAGUCCUGAUUCUGCUGCUAAGAAACUAUGUGAAUAUGGGCAAGUUACUUUCAUUCUCUGGGCCUCAGUUUUCUCAUCUGUAAAAUGAUGGGAUUGGACUAUAUGACCAUAUGAUUUUAUGAAACAGCAUUCUGACAUGCUAGUGAUAUGUUGACUUACAUGCUAGCCAAGCAAAAACUGGCAAAGGGAUCUUCUUCUACUUAACUACCUUCAUAAAUGCUCUUACCAUGAAUCCUGGAGAGUUGUGUCCUUUCAUAGACAUUCCCUACCCUUGACCAAUACAGGAGCUGCUUGAAUGGUAGCUAUGGAUAUAUUGACAUCCAUUUGGUCUUUUCAGGUAUUGAAAUAUGUUGGUCACAAUUUAUUAAUUUCCAGUCAUUGGUAUUAUCUUUAAAACUUCUUUUCAUUGAAAAGGGAAUGGUGAUUGCCACUAUUGUGGGUGCAUAAAAGCUGAGAGAACCAUUUGGAAGGACCUUUUUGAAAUGAAAUGCUAUGAGGACUUGGAACAGGUCCUGGUGAUGGUGGGAACUUGACAAGUGUCCAGGAAAGGGUUAAAUGGUUCAGGAUAGCAGCUUAUAUUCUUGCUCUUCCAUCCAUCACAGGUGCAUCUUUCUGACCAGACUGUAAGCUCUUUGAGGGCAGGAAUCACAUCUUGUUUACAUUUUUAUAUUUUUCAACACCCAGAGCAGGGAUCUGCACACAGAA